UGUCGGGUUGUCUUGCAGCAUUCCUUCCCCACACUUCGCAUUUUUCUGAUUGUUUUUCCGUGGUGGUCUUUGAGUGUCUGUUCUUUAUAUUUCCUGUAAAGUGAUAGUUACCUCUAGAGGUAGUUUUGGUUUUGGUUUUAUUUUUGUUUUUGAGACGGAGUUUUGGUUUUGUUGCCCAGGCUGGAGUGUAAUGGUGUGAUCUUGACUCACUGCCUCCGGGGUUCAAGCAGUUCUCUUGCCUCAGCUUCCUGAGUAACUGGGAUUACAGGCGUAUUUUUAGUAGAGACGGAGUAUCAACUUGUUGGUCAGGCUGGUCUCAACCUCCUGACCUCAGGUGAUCACCCGCUUCAGCCUCCCAAAGUGCUGGGAUUACAGGUGUGAGCCACCGCACCCAGCCUGGAGGUAGUUUUGAUUCAGAUGAGAGUUUUUGGAAAGAAAACUUACUUGAGGGUGCUGUGCUCUAACCGGAGGCACAUAUUCGUUGGUAUUUUCUCUUUUGUCAUGUUACAGCAGCUAUUAAUGAUCAUUACGUAGAUCCAUUAUUUUCUUAAAUGGUUUCCAAAUUAGUGAUAUUUUAAUAAUUGAUUCCUUUUCAUUUAUUAGCAGGAAUAUUUUUAUAAGAGGACAACUCUUUCAAUAAUCAUGUGAUCACUCUAAGAUGUACUUUUGUUUUUGUUUUCCUUUUUUUUUUAGAGACAGAUUCUCACUCUGUCUUCCAAGCUGGAGUGCAGUGGCAGGAUCCAGGCUCACUGCAGCCUCCGCCUCCUGGAUUCUCAGGCUUGUGAGCAGCUGGGAUUACAGGCGUGCAGCACCACCACGCCCAUCUAAUAGUAGAGAUAGUGGAGUGGCGGGGGUGGGGGGUUUCACCAUGUUGGCCAGGCUGGUCUCAAACUCCUGACCUCAAGUGAUCCGCCUGCCUUGGCCUCCCAAAGUGCUGGGAUUACAGGCGUGAGUCACCCACCACGCCCAGCCCUCCACAUUUUUUUUUUUUUUUUUCGAGAAAAGGUUUCACUUUGAUGCCAUGCUGGAGUGCCGUCGUGCAGACAGAGCUCACUGCAGCCUCGACCUCCUGGGCUCAGGCAAUCCUCCUACCUCAGCCCCCCAAGUAGCUGGGAUUACAGGUGUGUGCCACAUGCCCAGCUAUUUUUUUUUGUAUUUUUUGUAGAGAAGGGGUUUUGCCAUUGUUGCCCAGGGUGGUCUCCUGAGCUCAAGUGAUCUGCCCACCUCGGCCUCCCAAAGUGCUGGGAUUACAGGUGUGAGCCACUAUAUAUGGCCUCAGUUCUUCCUUAACAUAAAUUCAGCUUAGCAUUUCUCAUAAAACAUUAAAAAAGUACCUCUAUAUUUUGUGUCCAUUGAUACAUCAGUAUGAGAAAUUGCAGUGAUUGAGUUUGAAAUGAUCAACUACACUUGCAUUCCUGAAAUCCAACUUGGUCAUAAUAUCGCUUUAUAUAUUGCUGGAUUAGGUUGACUGAUACUUGGUUUGGACUUUUGCAUCUGCGUUCUUGAGUGAAAUUAGCCUGUGAUACUUGAUUAAUUGUAAAACUCUUUUGGAAAUGAAAAAAUCAAUUCCAAGUUCAUUGUAGAUGUAAGUGUAAAAAUUUAGAGAAGAACAUCAGCGCUUUGUAAAUUCAGAUAACCAUAUGGGCUGGGGUUAGGAAAAAGAUCUCUUGAAAAUGACACAGGCUGGGCGGGGUGGCUCACACCUUUAAUCCCAGCAGGGCCAAGGCAGGCGGACUGCUUGAGGCCAGGAGUCCAAGACCAGCCUGGCCAAUGUGGCGAAACCCCAUCUCUACUAAAAAUACAAAAAUUUGCCAGGUGUGGUGGUAUGCGUCUGUAAUCCCAGGCUGAGGCAGGAGAAUUGCUUGAACUCAGGAGGUGGAGGUUGCACUGAACCGAGAGUGGAACAAUGGUUUGAGCUCAGGAGUUCAAGAUCAGCCUGGGCAAGAUGGCAAGACCCUGUCUUUUCAAAAACAGAAUUUUUAAUUAGCCAGGUGUGAUAGCGAACACUUGUAAUACCAGCUACUUGGCAGGCUAAGUGGGAAGGAUCCCUUGAGCCCAGGAGAUAGAGGAUGCAGUGAGUUGUGAUUGCACUACUGCAUACCACCCUGAGCAAGAAAGCAAGACCCCGUUUAAAAAAAACAAAAAGCCAUCAUAAUUAAGGAAAGGCAUGACAGAUUAAGACUCCUAUUAGAUUUAUCCUAAUGGUAUGCCUCCUGUUAGACAAAGCAUUUCACCUAAUACAAAUACAGAUACUCUUACUUACUAUGUUGUAUCCCGAUAAACCCAUCAUAAGUUAUUUGAUUAGAAUAGUGCCAUCUAAUAGAAUUAUGAUGUUUAUGACAAAUACAUAUCUUUGCUAAUUUAAGUUGGUGUUAGAUACCGUAUACGACCCUCUUAAAGUACAUAGAAUUCAGAAGUUAGUUUUCUUGUGAUGUUUUUGUCUGGUUUGGUAACACAUUGUAUUAGUAUGCUAGGGCUGCCAUGCAAAGUAAUACAGACUAGUAACAAAUUUUCUCACAGUUAUGGAGGCUAGAAGUCUUAAGAUAAGGGUGUUGAUAGGGUUGGUUUCUUCUCAGGCAGGAGAAAUAAUGUGAAUAGUAGGAAUUCCAGAAGGAGAAAAAGACACAGAUGGAGGCAGCAAGAGAAGCGAUAAAGGAUAGAAGUGAAUUUUCCUGGCUUAAGAUCCCUGUGGUUCCCAUUAGGAUAUUUUGAAGACACAGCACAGGCGUGUGUUGGUAAAACUCCUAAAUUUAAAGUAUAGAGGAAACUGCUUUGGAAAAAGUAUGUCCUCCAAAUCUCUUAUCUUCUCCCCCACUGUUUCUGUUUUGAUGUUUAUUCUACUUGGUUUUCCUUUCUUUGAAUUCAUUACUAACUUUUAAAUUUAAAACUCAGUUUUAGUUCCAGAAAGUUUUUUUUUUAAAGUUUUGUAAUGGAGUGGUAUCUGAAGUUGCUCUUUUUUUUCCUGUUAAAAUCAUUAUGGUUUUUGUGUAGCACUUCUUGUUCCCUGAAACCUGCCUAAGUCUGAGGUGUGGUGCGUUAUUUCUGGGUGCCAGAGCCCCUCUUCUGUAAAUUGUCAUGUUCCUUUCCUUCUUCCAUCUCUCUCUUCUCCACAGUUCCCCCAAGGCAGAAUGAGUAGUCCCAUGGGCAGCACAGCUCAGGGCCUGCUGCUUGGAACCUGACUAAGGUGUCAUGUUUCCAUGGAGGCUUCAGGAAGAAUUCCCAUCCCAAGGAAUGUACCUUCCUCAGGGGGCUGAGGAUACCCCACAGGCCUCCUUUCUGUCCAGCUCCAGGGCUUGACUAUGCGCCUACUUAGGAGCUGCUUGCUCAAGGGAGAGAGGUACAGGAGGUGGUCUGGGAAAAACAAAAUUGAUCUUCCUAUCAAUUGUAUUUUUGUUUAGUGGAAUCUAUACACACCCAUUUCUUUGGAUAUUAUUUCCAGUUACUCCAGCUAAUCCAAAUAAUGAUAUUUGCCCUCAGUUAAGAACAGAUUUUAUUUUUAGGAACAGAAGUCUAGUAACAGUUUUCCUUUAUUAACGUUUUAAGGACCAUUUACCUUAGAUAUCAUGAUUCUUGGGCAUUUGCAAAAUGCAGUCAAUAUCAAACAGCAAUGGUUGCUUGUUUUAUGAUCGGUCAAAAUUUGUCCCUUAUAUUAAUUUCAGUACAAACAGUAUAGGUAAAAUUUAUCUAACAUUACAUUAUACUACUCUUGAUGCUUUUUAGUAACACAGCUUUUGAGAAAUGAGCGCUGAGGGAAGCAGUGUGUUAUCCCCCCAGACUUAGCUACAGCAAGUAAGUGAAAGGACCUGAUAGAUGGUAAUGGAAAACAGCUUUCCUGUUGCAUGCAGAUCAGGACAGAUCCCCUUUGGUGGAUAUAAAUGUAGUAAUAAUGGAGUAAACAUUUAAAAUGUUAAUAUAUGCUCCAUCUGCAAGCUUCUCAGUCUUUUUUUUUUUUUUUUGAGACGGAGUCUCACUCUGUCUCCCAGGCUGGAGUACAGUAGUGCGAUUUGGGCUCCCUGCAAGCUCUGCCUCCCGGGUUCACGCCAUUCUCCUGCCUCAGCCUCCUGAGUAGCUGGGACUACAGGCGCCCGCCACCACGCCUGGCUAAUUUUUGUAUUUUUAGUAGAGACGAGGUUUCACCGUAUUAGGUAGGAUGGUGUCGACCUCCUGACCUCGUGAUCCGCCCGCUUUGGCCUCCCAAAGUGCUGGGAUUACAGGCAUGAGCCACUGUGCCCGGCCACUUCUCAGUCCUUAAUAGCUUUUAGGAUAGCUCUGUAUUGAAUUUGGCAUGCUGUGUGAAUUGGGUUAGAAUUCUCACACUUCAGAUCCAUGUGUCCCUGAAAAGUUAAGUACACAUGUGUGCGUUGGUGCAUUUUUUUUUUAAUGGAAUUAGUGUCUUGUAUCAUAAUUCUUGAGUUCAUGACAGCAGGAAGUACUUCAGAGUGACUGAAUAGGAAUUUUAUAAAAUUGCUGGGUUGGAAGAUACUUUUGAGGCCAUUAAAUCCAAUCUUCAAUAUUUCCAACAGAAAAGGAAAACAUCCAUAACAAAUAUGGUCUAUGAUCCGCUUACAUACUAUAUACCAUGAUGGGGAAUUUUUGUCCCCAAGACGCAUCUUGUGCUUCUUGUGUGGUGAACAGACAUGAGCAGCAGAAGCUGUAUCCUAAAAUUUCUUCAAUCUAAAGGAUUCACCAUGAAAUAAGAAUAUGAAUACAAAGCAUCCAGCACCAAAAUGUAUCCCAGUAAAGGGCUUUGGUAAAAAAUAUAAAUAAUUUCAACAAGUGUCCAGAGGGGAGAUAAUGUACAGAAGGAAAAAAGAAUAAUGGGCUUUUAACUUGUCUUUUUUUUUCCCCCUCAGUUUUUAUCUUUUUCCUAUAUAGAGAUGGGAGUCUCGCUAUAUUACGCAGGCUGGUCUCGAAGUCUCUUGGGCUCAAGUGAUCCUCCCACCUCGGCCUCCCAAAGUGCUGGAGUUACAGGCUUGAGCCACUGCUCCUGGCCAGCUUCUACUUUAAACCUCAGCUAUUUUAUCAAGGAAAAAAGAAUUUCCCUUCUUUCUACAUGAAAUUCAUCACUCAGUGUUCCCACUCACCCAUGCUCCUGUCUGUUUAAAUGUCACUUCCUCAGAACCCCAAUCUGAGCUAAUCCCUAUUUUCUGUUUUUCAUUCAUUCUAAAAUUUGUCAUCAUAUAUUUGUACAAUUCUUGAUUUCCUACUCCACUGUUACUGGACCCACCAAGGCAGGAACUGUGUCUCUUUACCACUACAGUUCCUGUAUCUUUUAGGUGCACAGUAUUUCUUGGUGAGUCAAUCUCCAGAUUCAGUCAUUUUUCGCUACAUUACUCAAAUCCUUUCACAUUCUUCAGUUCCCACCAGUCUUCCUAGACUUGUUUCAUUCCUUCCCAUCUUGUCUCUAUGUAUCUCUUCCCACCAUUCAUUUUCCAGAUAGCAUCUAGACUGUUGUGUUAAAAAGCAAAACUCCUUUCACACCACAUUCCAUUAAAUGCCUUCCCACUGGCCUUUGAACACCAAACCAGGCCUUUAAGGCUUUAAGGCUAUGUCAUCUCCUGCCAUUGAUCUCAGACCUAGCUGCAGUUGCACAAUACAACCCCUGGCUCAAGUCUUCUGCACACGUUGUUUCCUCACAGGCAGGAACCCUAUGGUGACUGAUCAAUAAUUAAAACUUACCUUGGGCCAGGCACAGUGGCUCAUACCUAUAAUCCUAGCACUUUGGGAGGCCAAGGUGGAUCAGUUGAGCCCAGGAGUUACAGACCAGUCUGGGCAUCAUAGAGAGACCUUGUCUCUACUAAAAAAUUAAAAAGAAAAAAUUAGCCCAGCUUGGUGGCAUGCACCUGUGGUCCCAGCUACGUUGGAGAGGCUAAAGGUGGGAGGAUCAUUUGAGCCCAGGAGGUUGAGGCUAAUGUGCCUGUCACACAGAUUCAACAGUUACUAAUCAUGGACAGUUAUUCUCCAUCUCCCCACCUAACUUUGGGACAACUUCAGACAAAUCCAAGCCAUCACAAAUAUUUCAAGAUGGAUUUCUAAAACUUAAUUGCUUUAUUUUAUAACAUAACCAUAAUUCUGUGGGUUCUUUUAUCUGGCUGGAACUAUCCUGAGGAACGACUGGCUCAUUUGUCCUUGUAGUUUCCCACAGUCUACAUCACUAUAUGUAGUAUGUUACUGUUCCCUGUAAUUCCUGUUAUCUAGUAAGUGCAUUCUAAAGACUUAAUUUCUCUCAGUUUUACAAACAGUUGUAUUAGCUGGGUGUGGUUGCAUGCCAGUGGUCCCAGCUACUCAGGAGGCUGAGGUUGGAGACUUGCUUGAGCCUGGGAGGUUGAGGCUACAGUGAGCCAAGAUCGUGCCACUGCAUUCCAGCCUGGGCAACUGAGCCAGACCCUGUCUCAAAAUAAUAAUAAUUCUGUUAAAAACGUAAAACAGGCCGGGCGCAGUGGCUCACGCCUGUAAUCCCAGCACUUUGAGAGGCUGAGGUGGGUGGAUUACAAGGUCAGGAGUUCGAGACCAGCCUGACCAACAUGGUGAAACCCUGUCUCUACUAAAAAUACAAAGAUUAGCCAGGCGUGGUAGCGCACGCCUGUAAUCCCAGCUACUCAGGAGGUUGAGGCCAGGAGAAUCGCUUGAACCUGGGAGGGGAGGUUGCAGUGAGCUGAGAUCGUGCCAUUGCACUCCAGCCCGGACAACGGAGCAAGACUCUGUCUCAAAAAAAAAAAAAACAACAACAACAAACUCCAAACAGGCCGGGCAUGGGGCUCGCGCCUGGAAUCCCAGCACUUUGGGAGGCCGAGGCAGGGGGAUGACGAGGUCAAGAGAUCGAGACCAGCCUAGCCAACACGGUGAAACCACAUCUCUAUUAAAAACACAAAAAUUAGCUGGGUAUAGUGGCAUGGGCCUAUAGUCCCAGCUACUCGGGAGGCUGAGGCAGGAGAAUCGCCUUAACCCAGGAGGCAGAGGUUGCAGUGAGCCGAGAUCAUGCCACUGCACUCCAGCCUGGGCGACAGUGAAAACUCUGUCUCAAAAAAAAACCAAAAAAAAAAAAAAAAAAAGUCAAACAUACACAAAAAUAGAAACAAGUGUAAUGAAACUAUGUAUACAUCAGGAGCUUUAAUAAAAAUUACUAGCUCAUAGCACAUCUUGUUUCAUGUAUAUUUCCACUUUCCAAGUAAUCUGAAACAUUCAAGAAAUCAGGUAUCAUCUGCAAAUAUUUGUGGCUCUAAAAAGGGUCUUUUAAAGAAAAUUACAGUAUAAUUACAGCAAAAUUUACAAUUCUGUAAUAUAAAAUGUCACUGAUCAUAUUAUCGAAAUUGCUUUAUAAUUGUUCUCCAGUUCAUUUGAAUUAAGAUUCAGAGGUCCACAAAAUUGCGUGUUAGUUAAAAGUUUUAGGAAUUGCGUUAAAAAAAUUUUUUUUCAAAGAUUUUUUUUCAGAAUCUUUAAAUGUGUCCAUGGUUAAAUGUACAAACCAAGGUACGUCCGCUAGUUCCAUUUUAGAGGCGGCCUUCCGGAGAGGGGCUGUGUCCAACUUGCUGGCUUCUCUUCCACUCUGCAGUGCCCGCCCUUCCCCGUGGCUGGCACUCUGGACUUUCCCCAGGUCGCGCUCGCGCCUGGCUCCCUUCGGGAGAACUCGGAGAAAUGUCUUCCCGCAGCCCUGACUCUCUCCUUCCCCCACUUCCUGCCUGGGCCCAGCGCGCGGGCCACGGGGCCGCACCUGCAGGCACGCGUUUCCCAUUGGUGACAUCUUGGCGGGCCCGGCAGUGGCACUUCCUCCUCUGCACCCCGUGACCCACGUCCGGCUGCCGGUCUUGGAUCACGAGGCCUCCGCUUCCCGGACUCCGGACCCCGCGCCUCCUCCGGGCCGGCGGCCCGUCCCUGGCGUGGUUGAGAACAAAAAAAUGCACCUGGACUUUCCCCGGAGCCCUCUGCGUGGUUGAGCUUCGGUGGAAUUUCGGGGCUCUUGGCUGCCAGCCGCGCUUGCCUGGUAGCAACAGAAACCAGUCCCGCUCGCCUCCGUGGACAUUUCAUUACCAUCCAGAAGUGUCUCCCACUGAAGGCAUCCGCGGUUGUUUUUAAGCUACAAAAAAGCCACACCCAAGACCACCUGACACCCACCCUGUCAAGUGUCCAUGAUGCUGGGCCCUGAGGGAGGUGAAGGCUUUGUGGUCAAGCUCCGUGGCCUGCCCUGGUCCUGCUCUGUUGAGGACGUGCAGAACUUCCUUUCUGACUGCACGAUUCAUGAUGGGGCCGCAGGUGUCCAUUUCAUCUACACUAGAGAGGGCAGGCAGAGUGGUGAGGCUUUUGUUGAACUUGGAUCAGAAGAUGAUGUAAAAAUGGCCCUGAAAAAAGACAGGGAAAGCAUGGGACACCGGUACAUUGAGGUGUUCAAGUCCCACAGAACCGAGAUGGAUUGGGUGUUGAAGCACAGUGGUCCCAACAGUGCCGACAGCGCCAAUGAUGGCUUCGUGCGGCUUCGAGGACUCCCAUUUGGAUGCACAAAGGAAGAAAUUGUUCAGUUCUUCUCAGGGUUGGAGAUCGUGCCAAACGGGAUCACAUUGCCUGUGGACCCCGAAGGCAAGAUUACAGGGGAAGCGUUCGUGCAGUUUGCCUCGCAGGAGUUAGCUGAGAAGGCUCUAGGGAAACACAAGGAGAGGAUAGGGCACAGGUACAUUGAGGUGUUUAAGAGCAGCCAGGAGGAAGUUAGAUCAUACUCAGAUCCCCCUCUGAAGUUCAUGUCCGUGCAGCGGCCAGGGCCCUAUGACCGGCCCGGGACUGCCAGAAGGUACAUUGGCAUCGUGAAGCAGGCAGGCCUGGAAAGGAUGAGGCCUGGUGCCUACAGCACAGGCUACGGGGGCUAUGAGGAGUACAGUGGCCUCAGUGAUGGCUACGGCUUCACCACUGACCUGUUCGGGAGAGACCUCAGCUACUGUCUCUCCGGAAUGUAUGACCACAGAUACGGCGACAGUGAGUUCACAGUGCAGAGCACCACAGGCCACUGUGUCCAUAUGAGGGGCCUGCCGUACAAAGCGACCGAGAACGACAUUUACAACUUCUUCUCUCCUCUCAACCCUGUGAGAGUCCAUAUUGAGAUCGGCCCAGAUGGAAGAGUGACGGGCGAAGCAGAUGUUGAGUUUGCUACUCAUGAAGAAGCUGUGGCAGCUAUGUCCAAAGACAGGGCCAAUAUGCAGCACAGAUACAUAGAACUCUUCUUGAAUUCAACAACAGGGGCCAGCAAUGGGGCGUAUAGCAGCCAGGUGAUGCAAGGCAUGGGGGUGUCUGCCGCUCAGGCCACUUACAGUGGCCUGGAGAGCCAGUCAGUGAGUGGCUGUUAUGGGGCCGGCUACAGUGGGCAGAACAGCAUGGGUGGCUAUGACUAGUUUUGUUAGGAACAUUUGAGUUAUUUCAAUCAAAUUUUCACAGGCAGCCAACAAGCAAUUAAGAGCAGUUAUAAUAGAGGAAGCUGGGGGACCCAUUUUGCACCAUGAGUUUGUGAAAAAUCUGGAUUAAAAAAUUACCUCUUCAGUGUUUUCUCAUGCAAAAUUUUCUUCUAGCAUGUGAUAAUGAGUAAACUAAAACUAUUUUCAGCUUUUCUCAAUUAACAUUUUGGUAGUAUACUUCAGAGUGAUGUUAUCUGAGUUUAAGUAGUUUAAGUAUGUUAAAUGUGGAUCUUUUACACCACAUCACAGUGAACACACUGGGGAGACGUGCUUUUUUGGAAAACUCAAAGGUGCUAGCUCCCUGAUUCAAAGAAAUAUUUCUCAUGUUUGUUCAUUCUAGUUUAUAUUUUCAUUUAAAAUCCUUUAGGUUAAGUUUAAGCUUUUUAAAAGUUAGUUUUGAGAAUUGAGACACAAUACUAAUACUGUAGGAAUUGGUGAGGCCUUGACUUAAAACUUUCUUUGUACUGUGAUUUCCUUUUGGGUGUAUUUUGCUAAGUGAAACUUGUUAAAUUUUUUGUUAACUAAAUUUUUUUCUUAAAAUAAAGACUUUUUCACAA